CAACAAAAUGCAGCGUGGUUUGCCCAUGCAACCGACCGUCGUUCUCCUCAAGGAGGGCACGGACACCUCCCAGGGAAAGCCUCAGCUUCUCUCAAACAUCUCUGCAUGUUUGGCCGUCGCAGAGACCCUCGCCAGCACGCUUGGCCCUCGGGGUAUGGACAAACUUAUUGUCAAUGAGAGAAGCGAAGCCCAAAUCACCAACGAUGGUGCUACUAUCCUUAAGCUUCUUGAUAUCGUUCAUCCCGCUGCGCGUACUAUGGUCGACAUUGCAAGGGCUCAGGACGCGGAGGUCGGAGAUGGUACCACCAGCGUGGUCCUUCUUGCUGCUCAGCUACUCAAGGAAGUCCGAAGCUACAUUGAGGAGGGUGUCAGCCCGCAUAUCAUCAUGAAGGGCUACAGAAAGGCGUGCCAACUGGCCAUUGAGCGCAUCAGGGAGAUUCAGGUUUCAGUCGACAAGUCGGACCCUGAACGCUUCCGUUCGCUCUUGCUCAAGUGCGCUUCGACAUCAAUGUCCUCCAAACUCAUUCACUCCGAGAAACCCUUCUUCUCCAAAAUGGUCGUUGACGCUGUCCAGUGCCUAGAUCAGGACGAUUUGGAUGAGUCGCUGAUUGGUGUGAAGAAGAUCCCAGGCGGCGGUAUGCAGGAUUCUACGCUCGUCGGCGGUGUUGCUUUCAAGAAGACGUUCACGUAUGCCGGUGCAGAGCAGCAGCCCAAAUCCUUCAGAAACCCUCUCAUUCUCAGUCUGAACGUCGAGUUGGAGCUGAAAGCCGAGAAGGACAAUGCGGAAGUUCGCGUUGAGCACGUCUCAGACUACCAGGCUAUUGUCGAUGCGGAGUGGGAGAUCAUCUAUCGCAAGCUCGAGGCAAUCGAAAAAGACGGCAAGCUGCCAAUCGGUGAUCUCGCUACCCAGUGGUUUGCAGAUCGCGAUAUCUUCUGCGCUGGUCGUGUGCCAGCUGCUGACCUACAACGCGUGGCGAAAGCUGUUGGUGGCUCUAUCCAAUCCACUACAUCUGACAUACAUCCAGAGCAUCUCGGCACAUGUGGUCACUUUGAAGAGAAGCAGAUCGGUGGCGAGCGAUACAACAUUUUCGAGGAGUGUCCAAAGGCGAGGACAUGUACUCUCAUUCUUCGCGGUGGUGCGGAGCAGUUCAUUGAGGAAGUUGAGCGGAGUCUACACGAUGCGAUCAUGGUCGUCAAACGCGCAGUACAGAAUGGUGACGUCGUAGCUGGCGGCGGAGCGAUCGAGAUGGACCUCUCGGCGCAUAUACGCAAGCACGCGCUGUCAAUUCCGGGCAAGCUGCAGCUCGUCAUAACUGCAUUUGCAAAGGCACUCGAGAUUAUCCCUCGUCAAAUUUGCGACAACGCUGGGUUAGACUCGACCGACAUCCUCAACAAGCUUCGCAUGAAGCACGCAAAUGGAUUCAAGUGGUUCGGUGUUGAUGUUGACGGGGCCGAAGGCGUUCGCGAUAACAUGGAGGCGUUCGUUUGGGAGCCGAGCCUUGUCAAGCUCAACGCCAUCAGUAGUGCAACCGAGGCCGCUUGUCUCAUCCUUAGCGUGGAUGAGACCGUGCGCAAUCCGCAGAGUGAAGCACAAAACCCGGGACCCAAAGCGCCCCCUGGCACUGCGCAACGUGCACUAAGGGGCAGAGGACGAGGUAUGCCACGACGGUGAAGAAGAAGAAGGGUUGAUACGAAACCGUAGAGUAAUGUUUGUCCUCGUCGAAGUUGAUGCUAACAAUGAUCUGGCCUU